AGUUUCUUUUUUGCGCAUGAAUUCCUUUGCAGGGAUUUGAAAUGGGUUUAAGCCAAUUUGUGUAGAAGCUUAAGUUGGAGUGACAUUUCAUUGGUCAAUGGAAGCAUCGAUGGAUGGAACGCCAUUCUCUGCAUGGUCGUGGUCUGUGGAGCAGUGUUUGAAAGAGUACAAGGUGAAACUAGACAAGGGUCUAAGCUCUUAUGAUGUCGAGAAGAGGCGAGAGAGGUAUGGUUGGAAUGAGCUUAAGAAAGAAAAGGGAAAGCCCCUGUGGCGGCUUGUUCUAGAACAGUUUGAUGAUAUGCUUGUCAAGAUCCUCCUUGUGGCGGCCUUCAUAUCAUUCAUUCUAGCUUACUUGCAUGGAAAUGAAAAUGGGGAGGUCGGCUUUGAAGCCUAUGUGGAACCACUUGUGAUUGUCUUGAUUUUAGUCCUUAAUGCCAUUGUCGGAGUUUGGCAAGAGAGUAAUGCUGAGAAGGCACUUGAAGCCCUCAAGGAGAUGCAGUGUGACUCGAGCAAGGUUGUAAGGGAUGGAUAUCUUGUGCCAGAUUUGCCAGCAAGAGAGCUCGUACCAGGGGAUAUUGUUGAAUUGCGGGUUGGUGACAAAGUCCCGGCUGACAUGAGAGUUGCAGUUUUGAAAACCUCAACCUUGAGGAUUGAACAAAGCUCGUUGACGGGGGAGGCAAUGCCCGUACUGAAAGGGACCAAUCCUAUACUCAUGGAUGACUGCGAAUUGCAGGCCAAGGAAAAUAUGGUUUUUGCAGGCACAACAGUUGCAAAUGGGAGCUGCAUCUGUAUUGUUGUGAACACUGGCAUGUGCACUGAAAUUGGCAAGAUACAGACACAAAUUCAUGAGGCCUCUUUGGAAGAGAGUGAUACUCCUUUAAAGAAGAAGCUUGAUGAAUUUGGGAACAGGCUUACAACUGCAAUUGGCCUCGUUUGUCUCACUGUGUGGAUUAUCAACUACAAGUAUUUUCUCACAUGGGAACUAGUUAAUGGAUGGCCAACGAAUAUCCGAUUUUCUUUUGAGAAAUGCACAUAUUAUUUCAAAAUAGCUGUUGCCCUUGCCGUAGCAGCAAUCCCAGAAGGCCUUCCAGCCGUGAUUACGACUUGUUUAGCUCUGGGUACUAGAAAAAUGGCACAAAAGAAUGCAAUUGUACGGAAGCUUCCAAGUGUAGAAACUUUAGGAUGUACAACUGUGAUUUGUUCAGAUAAAACAGGGACUUUGACAACAAAUCAGAUGUCUGUGAUGCAGUUUUUUACUUGGGGAGGAAAAACCACAUCUUCUCGAGUUUUUCAAGUCCAAGGCACGACCUAUGAUCCUACGGAUGGUGGAAUUGUAGACUGGAAUUGUUACAACAUGGAUGCAAACUUGCUAGCCAUGGCAGAAAUAUGUGCAAUCUGCAAUGAUGCUGGGAUAUUCUGUGAUGGUCGUACCUUCCGAGCUACUGGUUUGCCCACUGAGGCAGCUCUUAAAGUAUUGGUUGAAAAGAUGGGAGUUCCAGAUAAUAAAAUGAGGAACAAAAUUCGUGAUGCACAACUUGUGGCAAACUAUCUGAUUGAUCGCAACUCUGUUAAACUAGGAUGUUGUGAAUGGUGGAUGAAACGAUCAAGAAGGGUUGCAACAUUGGAGUUUGAUCGUAUUCGUAAGUCAAUGAGUGUUAUUGUUCGGGAGCCAACUGGGCAAAAUCGACUUCUUGUAAAGGGUGCCGUUGAGAGUAUUUUGGAGCGUAGUUCACAUGUGCAACUGGCAGAUGGAUCGAUUGUUCCAAUUGACGAACCUUGUAGGCAACUGUUGCUGUUGAGACAUUUGGAGAUGAGUUCAAUGGGAUUGCGGUGCUUGGGUUUGGCUUAUAAGGAUGAGUUAGGAGAGCUUUCGGACUACUAUGCUGAGAGUCAUCCUGCCCACAAGAAGUUGCUUGAUCCAUCUUUCUACUCCUUGAUUGAAAGUGACCUAGUUUUUGUAGGGGUUGUUGGUUUAAGGGACCCUCCUCGUGAUGAGGUUCACAAAGCAAUUGAAGAUUGUAGAAUGGCUGGGAUUAAAGUUAUGGUGAUAACCGGAGAUAAUAAGUCUACUGCUGAGGCUAUUUGUCGAGAAAUUCAAUUAUUUUCUACAGGUGAAGAUCUUAGAGGAAAAAGUUAUACUGGUAAAGAGUUCAUGGCACUUUCCUCUUUGCAACAAAUUGAAAUUUUGUCAAAACCUGGGGGAAAGAUUUUCUCUCGUGCUGAACCUAGGCACAAGCAAGAAAUUGUGAGGAUGCUAAAGGAGACAGGAGAAAUCGUUGCAAUGACUGGAGAUGGUGUGAAUGAUGCACCUGCACUGAAACUUGCUGACAUUGGAAUUGCCAUGGGCAUUACAGGAACAGAGGUUGCCAAAGAAGCUUCAGAUAUGGUUCUUGCAGAUGAUAACUUCAAUACCAUUGUUGCAGCUGUUGCAGAGGGCCGCUCAAUUUACAACAACAUGAAAUCAUUUAUCAGAUACAUGAUUUCAUCUAAUGUCGGUGAGGUGAUUUCCAUAUUCUUGGUUGCUGCUCUGGGGAUACCAGAAUGUAUGAUACCUGUGCAGCUUCUGUGGGUCAAUUUGGUUACUGAUGGCCCACCGGCAAUGGCUCUUGGAUUCAACCCUGCUGAUGUUGAUAUAAUGCGAAAACCACCACGCAAAAGCAAUGAUGCUCUCAUAAGCUCUUGGGUUAUGCUCCGUUACAUGGUAAUUGGUUCUUAUGUGGGCAUUGCCACUGUUGGAAUUUUCAUUUUGUGGUACACUCGGGCUUCUUUUCUGGGUAUUAAUCUAGUGAGCGAUGGGCAUGUGCUUGUUGACCUCUCUCAGCUUCGCAACUGGGGAGAGUGCUCUUCAUGGUCAAAUUUCUCGGCGACACCAUUUACUGUAGGUGGUGGACGAAUGAUUACUUUUUCAGACCCCUGUGAAUAUUUUACCAUUGGCAAAGUGAAGGCUAUGACUCUGUCACUUUCUGUUUUGGUGGCUAUCGAAAUGUUCAAUUCUCUCAAUGCCCUCUCUGAAGACAACAGCUUGGUCACAAUGCCACCAUGGAGGAACCCUUGGCUUCUUGUUGCCAUGUCUAUAUCGUUCGGGCUCCAUUGCCUAAUCCUCUAUGUUCCUUUCCUGGCAGAUGUGUUUGGUAUUGUUCCACUGAGUCUGAAUGAAUGGCUUCUGGUCAUUUUGGUCUCAGUUCCUGUUAUUUUAAUUGAUGAAGUCCUUAAAUUUGUGGGAAGGAGUAGAAGACGAAGAACAAAAGUAAAGACAGUCUAAUAUUUGUAGGUUUCAUGAAAGCAGUUUAAUGGAAGAGGAGAGAUGUAAUGGUGGAUAAAUGUUGUGGGACGUGCGAAGAAAAAUUCUUUGAUAAUAUAUAUUCUGUUUUGGCCCUUUU